GCCCGGCUGGGGGGGGCCGCUGGGUGUGGGGCGGCUCCGGGGCCGGGGAUGGCGGCGGCCGCGGCGGCGGCGGCUCCGGGACGAGCGGGAGGAGUCCUGGGAGCUCCGUGAGAUGGGCCGGCUCCCAAGCCAGAGGGGAGGACACUUACCACAGCAGCUCAGAAGCACCACCAGAAGCUCAGAUGUGGGCACCCCAGCCAGCAGCAGAGAGGUGUGCAGGGAGCCACAGAGAAGUCCCUUCUGAUGCCCGAAGGAGCAGGCAAGCCCCAUCCAGGCCCCAGCAACACCACACAGCAAUAUGAAACCUGUUCAUGAGAGGAGUCAGGAAUGCCUUCCACCAAAGAAACGAGACCUCCCUGUGACCAGCGAGGAUAUGGGGAGAACCACCAGCUGCUCCACAAACCACACACCCUCCAGUGAUGCCCCUGAAUGGUCCCGAGGGGUUGUGGUCACUGGUCAGAGCCAGACGGGAGCCAGAGUCAGCCUCGGGGGUGAUGGAACUGAGGCCAUCACUGGUCUGACAGUAGAUCAGUAUGGCAUGCUGUAUAAGGUGGCUGUGCCACCUGCCACCUUCUCACCAACUGGCCUCCCAUCUGUUGUGAACAUGAGUCCCUUACCCACCACAUUUAAUGUAGCGUCUUCACUGAUUCAACAUCCAGGAAUCCACUAUCCCCCAGUCCACUAUGCUCAGCUCCCAUCCACCUCACUGCAGUUUAUUGGCUCUCCUUAUAGCCUUCCUUAUGCUGUGCCACCUAAUUUCCUACCCAGUCCUCUCCUUUCUCCUUCUGCCAGCCUUGCUACCACUCACCUUCCACACUUUGUGCCAUAUGCCUCACUCCUAGCAGAAGAAGCUACUCCUCCCCCGCAGGCUGCAUCCCCAGCCCCGUCAUUCAACAAGUCCUCUGCUGCCACCUCCCCACCCGGCCAGGUGCCACAUCACCCGAACACUCAACCACUGGAUCUUGCUCCAGGCCGGAUGCCCAUUUAUUAUCAAAUGUCUAGGCUACCUGCUGGAUAUACCUUGCAUGAAACUCCAACAGCAGGUGCCAGCCCCGUUCUUACCCCUCAGGAGGGCCAGCCUGCUCUGGAAGCAGCUGCUGCCAAUGGACAGAGACAGCGAGAGCGAAGUGUAAGACGAGAAAGUGAAGCCCUUGACUCCACCAGCAGCAAGGGUGAAAGCCAAGGACUGGUGCCGGUGGUAGAAUGCGUGGUGGAUGGACAGUUGUUUUCAGGUUCUCAGACUCCGAGAGUGGAGGUGGCGGCGCCAGCACGCAGAGGGACCCCAGACACCGACCUUGAGGUCCAGCGUGUAGUUGGCGCUUUAGCUUCUCAGGACUAUCGUGUGGUGGCAGCUCAGAGGAAAGAUGAAUCUAGCCCUCUUAACCUAUCCCAUCAUACCCUCGACCAUCAGGGUGAGGGACGAGGGUCAGCCAGGAAUCCUACAGAACUGGUGGAAAAAAAUCAGGCCCGUGUGUUGUACCCUCAGUCCCAUCAGGAACCAGUAAAACACAGACCUUUACCCAAAGCAGUGGUUGUAGCCAAUGGCAACCUGGUGCCCACUGGAACUGACCCUAGCCUGCUGCCUGUGGGCUCGGAGAUCCUGGUGGCAUCAAGUCUGGACAUGCAGGCCAGAGCCACCUUCCCAGACAAGGAGCCAACGCCACCUCCUGUUACCUCCUCCCACUUGCCCUCCCAUUUCAUGAAAGGCGCCAUUAUUCAGCUGGCUACAGGGGAGCUGAAGCGGGUAGAGGACCUCCAAACCCAGGAUUUUGUGCGCAGUGCCGAAGUGAGUGGGGGGCUGAAGAUUGACUCUAGCACAGUCGUGGACAUUCAGGAGAGCCAAUGGCCUGGAUUUGUUAUGCUGCAUUUCGUGGUUGGUGAACAGCAGAGCAAAGUGAGCAUUGAGGUGCCCCCCGAGCACCCCUUUUUUGUAUAUGGCCAGGGUUGGUCCUCCUGCAGCCCUGGGCGGACUGCACAACUCUUCUCCCUGCCCUGCCAUCGGCUACAGGUUGGAGAUGUCUGCAUCUCUAUCAGUUUACAGAGCUUGAACAGUAACUCAGUUUCUCAGGCCGGCUGUGCUCCCCCAGGCCAGCUGGGUAUGCCCCGAGAAAGGCCUGAGAGGACGGUCUUGGGGCCCAGAGACCUAUGUGACAGCGAGGGGAAGAACCAGCCUUCAGGAGAGGGAUCCCGGGUGGGAGAGCCCUCCCAGCCUGAGCCUGGUGCUCAGGCCUGCUGGCCAGCCCCAAGCUUCCAAAGAUACAGCAUGCAAGGGGAGGAGGCCCGGGCUGCUCUGCUCCGUCCCUCCUUCAUUCCACAGGAGGUAAAGCUGUCCAUCGAAGGGCGUUCCAAUGCAGGAAAAUGAACCUCCUUCCCAGCCCAGGACUGGGGCUUCAUCCCCAGAGGUGAGCCUCACCGUGAGCAGUCAGAGGAUUUGCACAUGCCAAGCAGAGAAUGGCUCUCUUGGCAGUGAGAUUCAGAGGAAAUAGGAGGCAUAAAGACAGCCUCCCGAAGCAGGAUCUGUUGCUCAUUACCCUGUGGCAUCCUUUCAGGACAGCCCUAGAGGGUGCUGAAAUGAGGAAGAGCAGGCUUGGAGCAAGAGACGGUGGGAGUGCACAUAGGAUAAGAAACAUUCCAAAAUCAGGGCCUCCCUGUUUUUUCCUACUCAUCCCUGGCUCCUGCAAGGGAAAGUACAGGCUUUGGGAGCAGGUGGCAGAGGGAGGGAGCAAAGAGAGAGCCAAAAAUGAUGAUCCACAGCUUAUAGUAGCAGUAAAACUGUUUUCUUUCUUUUUUCCUUUUCUCCCCACCCCUUUGGUGGGAGGGUAGGAGGCCCAUUGGUUGAAAAUAAGAGGGUUCCCACCCAGAACUCUUCUUGUGAAAGACGUGCACUUUAAAGGGUGAUUUUGUUACAGAAGUUUAUGGCUGGGGUUGGGUUUGGGGAGCACCAUGAUCUACAGAACUCUGCUUGAUCCUUUGCUUCUGCCUGUUCCCAUCUCACCUCGCCAUCUCUUUAAGGCUUUCUAGCAGUUUAGGGGCCAAAAGAGAGAGAAGCCCCUUCAGGGUUGAGAAUGAAGGACUGCGCUGCCAGAAACCCAGUCAGGGGGCUUAAGGGAAAAGACUGCUAGAUGAUGGACUUGAGGCAAGGCUUUUGAAAGGCGGCUAACCUAAACUCCCACUUAACGUGUCAGGCCUGCUUUGACAUUUUACUGAGUCUCUAGUAGUAACUUUGGAAAGACCUGGAGGACCUUUCCCCUCGGCACCUCCACUCCUCCAUUGUCUGUCUAUGUUGUGCCUAAGUGCCUGCGCUGCCCCCUUCUGCUGCCCUGACCUCUGCAUGGUGUUUUGACCUGGGCCUCACAUGUGGCUGCACUGCCUUCGUCCACUAAGACCUCUAGUUUUUGGUGUAUAAGGGUCUCUGGUUUCCCUGUGAGCUAUAAUUUUUAUAUUUAGAAACUAAAUCAUGUCCUCGUCCACUGGCAGCAAUAUAGGGAAGAAACAAGAAAGAAACCAUGCCCUUUGCUGGGCAUUUCCCAUCUCAAAUCCACUGCUUCUCUUAGUGUUUCAGCCUCUCUAAGCUGUCCCUUCCACCAUCAGCUCUGAAAGUCUAGGACAGUCCUUUUAACAUCUUAACAGAUCUUUCCUUGUAUGGUGGUGGAUUCCUCUACAGAAAGUAUUUUCUAUCUCAGUUGUAUUUGCUGCCAUCUGUCUUAUGCCCACAUUUUCCCUACAACUUGUCAGUCCAAGUGUCAUCUUGGACUGUAGGAUUCAUUGGGUAUUAGGAUUUAGGCUCUCCCCAUCAACCUUCAGGUAGUUUGAGCAUUUGGGAGGAGGUUUAAAGGGGAGGUGGUUUUUAGACUCUUGAAGGCAACUCAGGGUAUUUUUCACCCAGCUCUCUAGUUAGACUUCUAGGGUAUGAUUGAAGUGUUCCCUUCAUAGACAGACUUGGACCAGCCAAGGCCUGGCCUGUCAUCAGGAGUCCCACACUUCUGAGGUAUGAGCAAAACUUAAGGCAAGUCUUGUGAUCUUUCUUUCACUUCCUCCCCAGCUGCCAAAUGGGGAUAAAUAAUCUUACCUACCUCCUGGGGGGAGGGAAAGUUCUGAGAAUGGAAUCAUUCUUAGUGUUCAGGUGCUAAGGGUUGUUCUCUUUGGGAACAGAGUGACAGAAACUGACUAGUUUGCUACAAGCUCUACAUUGUGUCAUACCUUGAGAGCAGAUCCCUGAUCAGUGAGCUCUUAGGGCGGCAUUCAAAGGAAGCUGCUUAAUUUGACCGCAAGUACUUCAGUCUGGUCUAGGUCAGAGUCAAACACCAACCUUGUGCUGCAUUGGAGAUCAUGUCCUGUUCCUACUCUUGCCCCCAUUCUCUGAUUGCUGCUUCUCUGGCUUGUUUCCUACAGUAGGGGCCUGUGGGCUUGAGUCUUGAGGAAUUCUCUCAGAUGAGAGCCUUGGGAGAAGGCCUUGCCUCUUCGACAGUUUCAUGAGCAACUCCUUCCUAGGGAUUAUUGCAUGCAUGGGUUUCUGACAAGUACCCCUCCUCAGAAGGUUCAUCACAGGAAUUUAGUAACAUGGUAGAUGCCCAAGAAGUGUCUACCCGGUAUACCACUGAGCUUCUAACUCACGGGGCAGACAUGUAAUGUUGAAGUCAGAUCACUUUGCACUUGGGCUAUAUGUAGUUUUCCAGCCUGGCAAUGCUCUCUUCACCCUGGAAAGGGAAACUGGGCACUGACCUUUCUUCUGUGGUUUGUUUCUAGCCCUGUCUGGUAAAUUAACAACAGCAACUCCCUUGAUGUGGUUCCAUGUAUAUGUGACUUGGAGUUUGCUGAGAGCUACCUUUUCAGAAGUGUGUGCCCCCAGAAAAGAAGCUCUGCGCUCUCGUGCUUGUCAGAGCUUUAGUAGUGCUUACUCUGAGUAUGUAAGAGACACCAGUGAAUUUUAGAGUGAGCAUUUCAGCAGUCAGCUGUCUGCUUUUGGGGACUGGGCAGUUUUGACAAAGACCAGCUUGUUCCGUUCUCCCAGAACUUAGAGAAAGAACUGCUAUCUGAAACUGAACAGAAAUACCUAUGCCAAUUUAGAAGAGUGGGAACUUGGUAAAGGAUGAUUAGUAACCUAAGAUUUAGAUCAUGCUUAUCAAGGCAGGAAGUGGGGAAGGGGCUUGGGCCCUCAGAGCUGAGAGCGUAUACCGAGAAGAGCCAGGAUUGACCCCUAUACUUGUAUGGUCCCAUUUGGUCCUAAUACCAUGGACUUUGCGACUUUGCUCUUUGCUGCUUUGCCACUGCUGUUGUCUGCUUGCUAUCCUGCCUGUUGCCCAUUAUAGCUCCUGUCCUUCAUGUCUUUGGCCAUGUAGAUUAAAUCAGGCACCCUGUUUAUUCUUACCUGUGUUCUGCCAGUGUUGCUGCAUGGCACAGUCAUGUUAAAUAGGAAGGUCUGAAUGCUGUUGAUGGGCUGGUAGACCUGGAAGGAUGUGGCUUCAGUGCUCUCAAAAAUUUGCUUGCCUUUGAGAGAUAAACAAGCAGGUCCUAUCAGAGAUUUUUCUCUCUUUUUGAUGGUACUUUGUACCUAUCCUGUUUCAGAGCAAGAGGAACCACAUUAGGGCUGGAACCAGCAUCCCAGUGGCAUUCAUCUAGCCCCAGAUUCUGGGGCUGAGUGUUUGAAGUUUGGCUGAAAUGGCUCCCCUGGUUGGGUUUAAUUUUAUUUUUACCAGUGGGUAUGGUAGGCAUUUUAAGAGAAGAACAGGAUGGUAGCAUAAUUUAAACCUCCAUUGAGUAGGCAUAGUGAAGAGUUGAGUGGUUACAGUGGCAUGAGCUGAAGAUGGACAUUGGGAAAGAUAACCAGGUUAAUUGAACUGCCCAUGGGAGAUUAGGCCACAGUCUUAGAAGCGAGCAAGACAAAGGCCAUGUUUUAGAGAUGUGUUGACCUUCUAGGACUAAGUUUACUAAACUACACUGAACCUUUUUGUACUUUCUAGAUCAGAAAACUUGUACACUACGGUUGAAGAGCGGAAUACUGUGGAUGGAUGUUGUUAGCCCUUGCUUGAAAGCCUUCACUUUCUAGCUUCCCUGGGCAGGAAAGGUCUCCCACAUUAUGCAAUAAUAAAAUAAGCAUCUGGGUCUUUGCAGCUGUCAGGUUUGUUUUGUUUUGUUUUUCAACUCUAGGAUCCACCUUUGGACCAAGGUCUGGGCCCAGGAUGACACUGGCCCUUGAUGCUAGAGUUGGCUGCAUUCUCUCCUUACCUGCAGACUAUGCACAGUUCCUGGGGCAGAGGGAGAGGUGGUGUGGCUUGCCCUGCUGAGCCUCCUCAGCAGGAAUAAUAGUAAUAAAUGCACUUUUCACACUAAAGGUUUCUUUGUUAGUUCUGUUAAGCCUAGAUCUUUCCCUAGUAGAUUGCAAAUUCAACAGUCUGUGUGAUCCCAAAGCCAUUCCACUGCAAAUGCCUGGCAGUAAAGAUGGCCCCAGACUGGGUUCCCGCCUGCUGUGUGUUGGCGGUAGCCCAUGUGCCUUUACCUAAUGUCAGACUUGCAAACGUUUAGUCUGUCUUUCUGUUAGGGGGUCUUCGGUACUUCAGAGAGAGAACUGGUAACAGUGGUUUUCUGCCCACCCCACCCCUGCCAGGGGCUUUCCAUGUAGUUGUAAACGGUGAGGGUUGGUGAGCUGCUGGUAUUGCUGAAGGCAGGGUGGACCCCUCACUUGCUUCAUAGUGCACUCACUGAGUUGGAUUGGGGAAGAGACUGACUGUACUCACGGCUAACUUGAAGUAUUAAAAUACGGCUGUCCUCUACACACUUCCUAUUUUCCUAGUCACACAGGAUCCCUGUAGCCAAAACAGUAUAUGUUCCAGCUGCAGAGAGCAGACUGCUCUCAGCUUGCACAGCACCUUAGGGGAGGGGAGAGUAUAUGGAUAGGUAACGGGGUGGAGAAUGGAGGGGAAUUUUGUCAUCCAGGUGGCUUUAGGGUCCUAAGUAGGAAAGGAUGACACUGGGGAGGUCUGGAAGGAUCUGGUUUGUGUAGGAGUUCCUGUAGAUAAAUUACUGAUCCCCCAACCAUUAUCCCCAGUAUGUAAUGGCUGAAUUAAUAUGUAAUCAACCGCAUUGUAUCUAAAGCCUUAGAACUAGUCAGGUGCUCCUCCCACCCAGUACCAUUUCUUACCCUCUAAUCCUACCUGAUCUUUAACAAAGCAUUAAUAAUUCUAAGGAUAAUCUCUAUUUUGUUGUGCUUUUUUGUAACUGUUUUAAAUAAAUCAAUUUGUACUGUAUAUUUGUACUUUUGUGAGAUCCUUUUUGCUGUUUUACCAUUUUAAGUCUCUGUACUUGGCUACACACAGAUUGUAUUUUUAUUGUUAAUGCUCUUCUUAUGGAUACCUGCAUUUAACUUGUGGACUAUGUAAACACAAUAUAUAUCAAUAUCUAUAUAUCUAUAUAUCAAUCUAUAUAAACUACUAGCUUUUCCUUUU